AUGGCACGUUUGACUCAGUACGAUUAUAUCUUUGCCUUUGGCACAAUCUUUUCCUUCCUUGAUGCUUGGAACAUCGGUGCCAACGAUGUCGCCAAUGCCUUCGCAACUUCGGUUGCCUCACGCUCUCUUACCAUGUUGCAAGCUAUGAUGAUCGCCUCCUGCAUGGAGUUUGCUGGUGCUCUUUCGGUCGGUGCUCGUGUCACAGAUACCAUUCGAACCAAGGUCAUCUCCACCAAGCUUUUCGAGGAUGAUCCAGCCGUUCUCAUGCUUGGCAUGCUCUGUGCCAUCUUUGGUUCUUCGGUUUACCUGACCUUCGCUACGCGUUUCAGUAUGCCAGUCUCCACUACCCACUCCAUCAUGGGCGGUGUCAUUGGUGUUGGCAUUGCUUCAAUUGGUACAGAGGGUGUCAACUGGUCUUUCAAGGGUGUUUCCUCUGUGUUUGCUGCCUGGGCUAUCGCUCCUGGUAUUGCCGGUGGUUUCGCUGCUAUUGUCUUCCUCAUCACAAAGUAUGCCGUCAUGCGCAGGAAUAACCCAGUCUAUAAGGCUUUCUUUACCGUUCCAUUUUACUUCUUCACCACUUCUUCGCUGCUCACCUUACUCAUUGUUUACAAGGGUGGGUCUGCAAGGAUUGAUCUCACCGAACCACAGGUGGCCGGUGUCACAGUUGGUGUUGGUGCUGUUGUCGCUACCCUCGUCUCCAUCUUCUUCAUUCCGUACCUCUACCGCAAGGUUCUUAAGGAUGAUUGGGAACUUAGAUGGUACCAUAUUCCCCAGGGUCCUCUGCUGCUCCGACGUGGAGAGCCAAAUCCACGUCCAGAGGGUGUGCUCGCUGGUGGUAUUCAGGACUACUACCGCGGCCAUAUGACUGCAGAGGAGCUUGCGGCGAAGAGAGCAGAGGAGGGAGCCGCUUCCGCCGAUGCUGGAAAAGAGAUGGGUGUCAAUGCCCACGAGAAAGAUGGAUCCAACUCCGAUAUCACCCCGGCGCAAACAGUGGCUCCAUCUGAGCCGGCUCGUCAAUUGUCCACACCCAAGAACAAAGCCCCACCCGGUGCAUGGUACACCCCAGCGGUCGCAUUCUUCUGGCUCAAAUAUGCUUUCUUGCACGGAGUGCAACAGGACCUUGUGGAGCAGCAGAAGAAGAAAGACUUCCUCUCGGGUGACCUUGAGAAGAUGCAUGCUGCAGCAGAGCAUUUCAACAACGAAGCCGAGUACACUUAUUCGUUCCUCCAAAUCAUGACUGCUGCGACUGCUUCCUUUGCUCACGGUGCUAACGAUGUUGCUAAUGCAAUCGGACCUUACACGACGAUUUACUUUGUCUGGAACACCGGUAAGCUCGGCACCAAAGUCCCUGUGCCCGACUGGAUUCUUGCCUUUGGUGGUGCUGGUAUCGUUAUCGGCUUGUGGACAUACGGUUACAAUCUCAUGCGCGCACUGGGUAACAAGAUUACUCUUCACUCCCCGUCUCGUGGUUUCUCCAUGGAGCUGGGAGCUGCCAUCACUAUCAUUCUUGCCACCAAGCUUGCGCUUCCUGUCUCGACUACGCAAUGCAUCUGCGGUGCUACCGUGGGUGUCGGUUUGUGCAGCGGUAACUGGAGAGCUAUCAACUGGCGCAUGGUUGCAUGGAUCUACAUGGGCUGGAUCGUUACUCUCCCCACCGCUGGUAUCAUCUCCGGUGGUCUGAUGGGUAUCAUUCUCAACGCUCCACGCUGGGGUAUGAACUAG